CAUACAGUUCGAAAAUACGGCCAAUACAAUUACACAGUUUCAGUGAGCACCCAAACGCAGCUCUGUCCCCUUCAGCUGAAUCAGCUCUACAACGCCCCUCAGUUAGCAGAGAAAGAGAGGAGAGUAUUGACGAUCGAGCAUGGGAGGAGGUGAACAUGCACACGGAGAUGGGGCCCACGGAGACUUCAGGGCCAAGGUGUGGAGCAUGAGUGGGGGUCCGUACUGUAGGCCCAAGCACUGGAAGCGCAACACCGCCAUCGCCAUGGCCGGCAUCUUCCUUGUCUGCAUUCCUAUCGCCAUGAAAUCUGCCGAGCUCGAGCAACGGCCACAUAAUCCUGUACGCCCGAUCCCAUCACAACUCUGGUGCAAGAACUUUGGAAACAAAGACUACUGAGUUUAUUUAGGACCGUCGGGUGAAAGCAGUACCAGCGGAGGUUGGGUAUCUAAAUCUUGCAGAACGCAAAUUAUUCCUUGUAUUGAUGUUUGCAGAGAAUAUGAGCAGCCUUUUAACACAUGUUGUGUUCAUGUUUUCGUAAUCUUGAAUUUGUUACUGAUUAUGUGAGUUAUUAUUCACUUUGCUAUACUGUCAAUCUCCAAAAUAAAUUGUCUACCUCUGUGUCUAGCUUUUGUUAAUAAAGUAUUUGAAUUGGCCUUGGUUGAU